AUGCAAAAUACAUUAACAACAGGAACAGCAACAACAACGAGAACAAGAACAACAAUUGUUUACCUUUCAACAGAGAGAACUGAAGAGAACCAACUAAUCCUAAGGAAGCCUUUGCCAAUACAAACACGCAGAUGGCUCGAUUUCAACGUGGGAUUAUUUCCUCUUCGAGUGUUUUCCCAUGUGAAUCAUCACAAUCUAAUUUGAAAUAUGAACCAGUAGAUCUGUGUACCAAACAUGUGAUCCUUUAUCAGUGCUUUUAGAGUUCUUCUUUUUGUUUUGUCCAUUUCACAUGAUUAACACAUUUGAUUUAUUCACAUUGAUGAUGGAAGAAAGUCAUGAUGUUUUUGAAGUCAAUAUUACAGAUUUAGCAUUCAACAGUGGAAAACACACACACACACUGGAUUCUGAUGUUAGCCACCAACGAAAUCAAUUAUUUUCUAGUUUAUUUUUGAAAGUUGAAGGUGAUUUAAAGUAUGUUUUUGGUGUGCACAUUCAAUGCCCAACACUGAACUUUAUU